AUGUCAGAGGAUGAGCGCGGUGAUCUCCCUGCUGGAGAGGGAGGGGAUGAAGAUGGCUAUGAUACCGUUGAUGCAAGGCCAGACAGAAGCAGCAGGCGCUCACUUUUUUGGGGAAAAAAGAAGAAUGGAGAAGAAGAACAGCCAAAGCCCUCUCUCAGUAAUCAAUACCGAAUUGUUACACCCACAUUCCAGUAUAAUAUGGAUUACAAGAAAGUUGGCAAAUGUAUUAUUAUAAACAACAAAAAUUUUGAAGACAAAACAGGAAUGGGCACACGCAAUGGCACCGAUAAAGAYGCUGGAGAUCUCGCCAAGAGCUUUAAAAACUUGGGGUUUGAGGUUCACACCUACAACGACCGAAGCCGUGAUGAUAUGGAGAAAUUACUGAAGCAAGCUGCUGAGGAGAACCACAGUGAUGCUGCUUGUUUUGCCUGCAUCCUCCUAAGCCAUGGGGAAGAGGGGCUCAUCUAUGGCACAGAUGGACCCAUGGCCAUCAAGAGYCUGACUGCACUGUUCAGGGGAGACAAGUGUAAAAGCCUCAUAGGCAAACCCAAACUGUUUUUCAUUCAGGCCUGCAGAGGCUCUGAGUUUGAUGAAGGUAUACAAACUGACUCUGGACCUGCCAAUGACACCCUGGAAACAGAUGCCAACCCAAGAUAUAAAAUCCCAGUAGAAGCAGAUUUUCUGUUUGCAUAUUCCACAGUGCCAGGUUAUUACUCCUGGCGAAAUCCUGGGAGAGGCUCCUGGUUUGUGCAGUCUUUGUGCUCUGUGCUAAAUGAGCAUGGAAAGCAGCUUGAGAUCAUGCAGAUCCUCACACGGGUCAACUAYGUGGUGGCCACAAAUUUCGAGUCGCAGUCUGACGAUCCACGCUUCAGCGAGAAGAAGCAGAUUCCCUGCGUGGUCUCCAUGCUCACUAAGGAACUUUACUUCUGAAAGUGUAAUGCAGCCCRUGGUGAAAGGUCAGGCUAUGGUUUUGGGUGGAGAUGUGAUUAUAAACAGGAGUAAAACAUUUUUAAUAGCAGAAAUGUAAGAACACUAGAUUUUUUGUAUUGUAUAAGCCGGGGUAUCUGAUGGAUGGACAGUAUGCAAUGUUUUAAAGAAGUAAAAGCUGUGAACCAGCCUGACAGCUAUUGCUAAUUAUUGUAUCUUGGUUUCCCUUAGUGUGGCUGUCAUGAUUUAUGGCUACUGAAGAUGUUACCAGUCAGCUACCUGGCCCAUAAAGGUUUUUUCCCAGAAAGCAGAUUUUAAAUUAAGAAUAAAACCAAAAAAUUUUGAGACUCCUUCUCUUACUGCUAGCUUAUGGAACCAUAACCUCCUUGGAAAAUUCCAAAGACCAUCAUAUUAUGGGGUAUGUCCCGUGAUAGAACAGUUUGUAGCUAUUUUAAAGGGUGUUUCUUGGUCUCAUAUAAUCAUUUCUUUUUAAUGAACUUUAUUAAUGAAGGCUAAUGGUUGCUCUGUGCUUUAUCUGAAAGUCAGUUUACUUAAUCAUCAUUCUAGCAUUGAAUGAAUGUGUAAAAAGAUCAGUAUUUUUAGAUUAUUUACCUGAACAAUAUGGAAUUAUAACAAAUAGAACAAUCAAAAUUAAAAUCUUUGUGAAAGAUUGGCAAAUUUUACUUGGAUGAUACUGUAUUAAAGUGCCAUUAUAAAGACAUUUUGCCUUGCAAUGAAAAUUGACUGAUAGAACAGCCUGAAACAGUGGUAUUGCAGUUCUUCUGCUUGCAGAAAUAAAAAUAUCUGCUUGUUGAUUCAGAAGUUUUGAACCAUCAGAAGUUAAUGACAAGGCUUCAUUAUAAAAUGUUUAAAUUUAAUGUUGAAAAGAUAGAAUUAUAUGUUCCAGAUUUAACUUCUAUUUGUGAGGAGUUUUACCAAAACUGGAAAUGCUUACUUGAAUCAGAAACCAAAAGUGCCUUCUUAGUUACUGUACGGUCUUGAUUUUGUGUUUUAGAUUUACGUGUUUUAGAGUUACAUAUAUUUCUACUUUUUAUAUUCUCUCUAUAGUUGGUAGCUAGCUCAAAAAAGUAAGUUUAAUGAUUUGGUUAAACUGAUAAAGGAUUAGUUGUUCACUCUUUUCCYAAUCAAUGUACUCUAUACUGUUUUGCAAUCUUCUAAGAAAAUAAGUUCAUAGCAUUAAAGCCAAGUUACCAAAUUGUGAAUUUUAUUUUCUUACAAAUACUGUGACAUAGUGAGACAUCUAUUUUUCAUAAGUCAAAUUUACAGAUUUUUGAAUUAAAUAAAUGGUUGUUUUAUGGAUGUAUUGAGCAUGACAUCAA